AUGGAAAGCCAAAAUGACGUGAACGGCUUCAGAGCAGUCGUCGACGUCGAGGCCUCGGAUGGGGCUGGACAAAGGCCACCCUCGCAGUUCUCUUGGAUGGAUCCCCACCCCAUCUUUGUUAUCAUUCUGGUCGGCAGCGAGGAGCAACCGUUUGGCAUACAAAAGGACUUCUUAUGUGCAAAGUCUUCAUACUUUCGUGAUCACUUUGACCGGAACCAGCAGGAACAGCAGAUCGAGCAUGUUGUCAAUCUCAGCGAGACCCCCGUCGAGGUGUUUUCAUGCGCACAAAACUAUAUAUACACAGGCCAGGUCUGCCCAGACCUGGGAAGCCUGCCAUCAUAUGAAGUCCUUAUAGGUGUCUGGAAGCUUGGUAAUGAACUUGGAAUUGAUGGACUGUGUGACAAGACCCUCGAGGCUAUGAACGAGUGUCGACGAAUCACCCAGCGGAUCCCUGCCACCCCGGUGCUCGUCCAGGUUUGGCGGGACACACCCGAAGGUUCCUCCAUCCGCCUUCUCUUCCUCGAGUGGGCCGCCGAGUACAUGCGUUCUUCCGAAUCUCGAGCCGAAUUCGCGCGAUCUCUUCCCCAGGAGGUCUUGAGCGAGCUAGUGAUAGCUAUGAGCUCAUUGGACUUCCCCCCUGCAUCCACCGUACCCGGGUCGGCGUCUCCAAAUACCUGCAGCAACAGCAUUCCUGCUCCGCCCAGAGCCACACAUCAGCUCGAAGCAGACGGGCUCGAGGAGAUCCCCCCUGCUCGGCCUGUGAAGAGAGCCCGACAUUCGGACGUGCUCCCUAACGGCGACACCGCCGCAGGCUACAAAUCUGCCGCCAAUGCUACCAAGAAAGCCAGAGCGUCUCUGCCAGCGGCAAAACCUGCUGCUACCACGCAGAGGCGAAGGAGCAAGCAGCAGCUGGCCGACCUGAACCCUACCGUAGAGCAGAAACUCGAGUUCUGCUCAGAUCUGUUGACUAGGAUGGUUUCGGGACCUGGAUUCUGGACCCGGAUCGUUGGUCCGUUCAAAGAACCAGUCGAUCCUCUCCGUGAUGAAGUCCCUGAUUAUUUCACAAAGAUUAAUCGCCCAAUGGACCUGAGGACCAUGAAGAACAAGAUGGACCAGCAUCUGUACAAAGACGAGGAGGAGUUUCUCGCAGACAUGCGUCAGAUUUUUACAAACUGCUACACGUACUGGACGAAAAAGGACCCCAUGUGGGCCGCGUGCGAAAGGUUCGAGAAGAACUUUGAGGAUAAGUAUGCGAGCAUGAACGCCUGGAUCUCCAAGAUGUCGGGCUUCGAGGGUCAGUAG